AUGUAUCGGCGGAAUGCCCAGCUCAUUGGACUCGGAGUACGUGUCGUGAACCGGUCGCUGGGGGGUGGUCUGGGCGGCAGGACGCCCAGGCCCCCCCUGGGUGGCAAGGGCUGGCGCGGCUCCAGGCAGCCCCUCCCUAGUCCCUCCUCCACGGGCCAGGGCGACGCGCCCGCCGCUCCGCCCGGGACCACGCGGGAGGACGUGGUCCUGCUUGACGUGGACGGCAUGCACUGCGCCGGCUGCGUCUCCCGGGUCCGGAAGCUGCUGGAGGACCAGCCGGCGGUCCGCGGCGCCUCCGUCUCGCUGGCGACGGAGACGGCGCUCGCGCGCGUACGCCUCGCUACACCCAGCCACAGUUCCACCGGCAGCAAGGCUGACGAGCUUGAGAAGAGCGGGGGCGAAGCUCUGAAUGGCGGCGGCGGCGCGCUGGAGGCCCUGGGCGCCAGCCUGGCACAGGACCCGGCCAUGCUCCUGGGCGUGGUGCUGGCGGGGCGCACCGCCGAGGAGCGCGCGCGCCUGCGUGCCGCCUCCGACAUGCUGGCCCUCCAGGGCCUGCUUCCGGACAGCGCGCGCCUGCUGCUGGGCGACGGGUCGCUGCGGGACGUUCCCGCGCACGCUGUCGCGCGCGGCGACGCCGUGGUCGUUCUCCCGGGCGACGUCGUGCCCGUGGACGGCGUGGUGGCGGAGGGCCGCUCCGCCUGCGACGAGUCGUCGCUCACGGGCGAGGCCAUGCCCGUGCCCAAGGCCAAGGGCCAGCGCGUGUCGGCGGGCACGCUGAACAGUGAGGGGCGGCUGGUGGUGGUGGCCGAGGCGGCUGGGGAGGCAACCACGCUGGGCGCGCUGGGCGUGCUGGUCGUGGCCUGCCCCUGCGCGCUGGGCCUGGCCGCGCCCACCGCCGUGCUGGUGGGGAGCUCUGCCGCCGCACGCCACGGCCUGCUCAUCCGCGGCGGCGACAUCCUGGAGGCCGCGUCGCGGAUCGACACGGAGCCGGGCGCGGGCGUGCGCGCGCACGUAGAGGGCCACGGCCUCGUGGCCGUGGGCAGCGCUCGCUGGGCGCUGGGCGACGAGGGGGAGAGCGGGGCAAAGGAGGGCGUCGGCGCCGCGCCCCGGGGCGUCCACGCCGGCGACCCGAGCAUGCGUUCGUCGCACUCGCCGGCACCGCCAUCACCUGACACAGGUUCUCACGCCGUGGUGCACGUGAGCUUGGAGGGCGGCGCGCUGGGCACGCUGGAGCUGGCGGACGAGGUGCGGCCCGAGGCGCGCGGCGCAGUGGCCGCGCUGCGCUCCCUCGGCCUGGCCGUGCUCAUGGUGUCCGGGGACGGGGCCGGCCCCUGCGCGGCCGCCGCCGCGCGCCUGGGCAUCGCCCCCGCCGACGUGCACGCGCGUGUGAGCCCUGCGGGCAAGGCCGAGCUGGUGGCGCGCCUGCGCGCCGGCGGCGCGCGCGUGGCCGUGGUGGGCGACGGCGUGAACGACGCUGCCGCGCUGGCCGCCGCCGACGUUGGCGUGGCCAUGGCGGGCGGGGUGGGCGCUGCCGCCGACGUCGCCGGCGUCGUCCUGCUGGGGGACAGCCCCGCCCAGGUGGUGGAUGUGGUGCGGGUGGGCCGUGCCACGCUGCGCAAGAUCAGGCAGAACCUGGCCUGGGCCUUCGGCUACAACCUGAUUGGCAUCCCUCUGGCGGCGGGAGCCCUGCUGCCACUCACCGGGCUGGCCCUGACACCCUCCAUCUCCAGCGCCUUCAUGGGCAUCAGCUCGCUAGCGGUGAUGACUAAUUCUCUGCUCCUCCAGCCAGAGGUGGAGCGCCUGGCGCGGCACGGCGCCCAAGAUGCCGGCAGGGAGAGGACCGCUGUUCCCGAUGCCAAGGAGCUGAGCGCCAGUCAGGCCUCGGCCUGA